UCUGGAUCAGCUAAUAGACAUCCGGGUUCCGAUGACGGUCAGCUGACUUCAACCAGGAUGUCCACACAAUUCUGAGUUCUCUAGUUUGACAACAUUUCAUCUGAAAAUGGCUUCUAACCCACCCAUAUUAAAAGCUUCGCUCAUCGAUAACAAACGGCUCCAAAACUUGAAAAAUGCAUUUGCACUAAAGUAUGGAGCACCCCCUCUCUUCUACGCAUGUGCACCAGGCAGGGUCAAUCUCAUUGGCGAGCACAUUGAUUACUGCGGCUACUCCGUUCUUCCGAUGGCCAUUGAACAGAAUAUCCUUGCUGCUGUGUCAUUAAAUCAUUCCGGGACAAUCCAGCUGGCUAACACAGAUACUCUGUACAAGGAUUUCACUGUGUCGUGCUCAGAGGAUAUAGUCAUUGACAGAGAUAACCCAAAGUGGUAUUAUUAUUUCCUCUGUGGAGUUAAAGGCAUUCAGGAGAAGUUUGGAAUCACACACCUAGCAGGAAUGUCAUGUUUGGUCGACGGAAACAUUCCACCAAGCUCCGGCCUGUCCAGCUCCAGUGCCCUGGUGUGUUGUGCUGGGCUCGUAACAAUGAAGACAAAUCAGAAGUCCCUCUCUAAAGUGGCUCUUGCAGAACUAUGUGCUAAAUGUGAGCGCUACAUUGGCACAGAGGGAGGAGGCAUGGACCAAUCCAUCUCAUUCCUGGCAGAGAAAGGAACUGCAAAGCUGAUUGAGUUUGAGCCUUUGAGAGCCACUGAUGUCCAACUCCCUGAUGGUGCUGUGUUUGUGAUUUGCAACUGCUGUGUGGGGAUGAACAAAGCAGCAUCUUCUCACUUCAAUAUCCGUGUGGUCGAGUGUCGGAUAGCAACAAAGAUGCUGGCCCACGCCAGAGGAUUCAACCUGAAUAGGUUGUUGAAGCUGGCCCAGGUGCAGAUGGAGCUAAAAGCUUCUCUGGAGGACAUGCUGUCUCUGGUGGACAAGGUUCUGCAUCCUGAGCCGUAUAGCCGUGAGGAGAUCUGCGAGCUUCUGGGUCUCACCUCUGAGCAGUUUUCCAAAGAGCUGCUAAGUGCAAACACUCAACAUGUGAAACAUUUCAAGCUGCACCAGAGAGCGAAGCAUGUCUAUGGUGAAGCGGCACGUGUUCUGUGUUUCAAGAGUGUGUGUGAUUCUGGACCUGCUGAGUCCAUCCAGCUCCUGGGAGACCUGAUGAACCAAAGCCAUGCUAGCUGCAGAGACCUGUAUGAGUGCAGCUGUCCUGAACUGGACCACCUGGUGGAUAUUUGUCUGAAGUCCGGAGCUGUGGGCUCUCGGCUGACAGGAGCCGGUUGGGGGGGUUGUGCUGUCUCCAUGGUUCCGAGUGACAAAGUCCAGUCUUUCCAGCAAGCAGUGAGGGAAGCCUACUACCUGCCUGACUCGCGUCGCGCAGCCCUUGAGAAACAAAGUUUGUUUGUAUCAAAGCCUGGUGGAGGAGCUGCCAUUUAUCUUGAGGAAUGAUCUGUAUUGUUAUUCAGUUUUACCUCCAUUUUCUUACUUUUUCAAUGAUUCGUUUUCCAACCAGAAUUUGCCAAACUGUGUCCCAGUUUUCUCGGUUUGAACGUUGCUUGUAGCAAACCAGUAUCGUUCACACAUUGAUGACUCAGUCUCUGUACUUUUUUCUGGAGUACAACUGCAAAAUAAGCCACCAUGGGGUCAAAGAAAGUUGUGAGUGCCAGCAAUUUCAGGCGAGAACUACUGUUGAAAUCAAGAAAGAACUCGUGCGAUUUCAUUUCUGUGUGACAUUUUGUAACAUAUUACUAAAAUGAACAUUUUUAUACACAAACGUAGAUUUUUUAAAAGUGAAACCCUUUUUUUUUAAAUUGGAUUAUAUAUUUUUAAUUAUUAUCCCGUAGUUAAAACUUGUAACAUUUCAAAUGAUCAAAAAGCCCUUAGGUUUUAUCCUCAUUACAUCAGUUAAAAUGAUUUUAUAUAAACCCAGAUUGUUAUGUUAUUAGCAGUGUUGGGUUAGUUACUGAAAACCAGUAACUAGUUACAAUUACUAGUUACUUAAUUUCAAAAGUAACUCAGUUACUAACUCAGUUACUUACACCAAAAAGUAAUGCGUUACUGUGAAAAGUAACUAUUUAGUUACUUCUUUUUUUUUAAAGCUCCCAUUAAUGCCCUUUUAGCCUUCAUUUCAGUACUGUUAUUGCACUGGAGAAUAAUACAAUCUGUUGACCAACUUGACAUGCAUUUUUAUUUUCCUUUUAACAUAAUUAAUGAAAAACAGUGCAACAUAAAAAGGCAUUUCUCCUUUCUUUAAACUUGGACCAAUGACCAUUAAUAAAAAACAACUGAAAGUGCAACAUAAGAAGGCACAUCGUCUUCCUUGAAACAUAGAUAGUGAAAUAAAGCCUGAUGCUGUUGUCUUCCACACUUGGAGCCAUGGAUUGUACAAUCCUUGUUUUCAGUGGCAGGAUCAUUGACACAGAUGGUGAAGUUUCAGUGCUCAGUGGAGAUGUAACACUUUUGAGGGGUUUGAGCACCUGGAGGACCUCCUCUGCCACUCUCACAUCAUCAUCAGACAGGUUGAUGAUGUCUUUGACAUUUGUCUGCAGGGUGUUGUGGGUCAAUGCAGAGUAUAAAGAUCUGGCAAAAUCUUAUCGCUGAAGUGGGUGCGCGACGGGAUGUCGUAACGUGGCUCAAGCACGUUCAGCAUGUGUUUAAAAGCCUCGUUUUGCACAACCGAGUCUGCACCUAUGAACACACCGAUUAAAUGGUGCGGGGCGUUCAAGCUCCUCCGCUCGCCAUGACCACGCUGUGUGUGGACUGAACGUAAGGACACCUUUUUUUUUUGUUUCAUAUAUCAAACCGCGGAUCACGUGUGUGCCGAACCGAAGACACGCUCCCCCACCCCCACCCUCCUCCCCAGACACACACACACGUGUGUACGCCUCUUUUUUUCUCUCCGGCGUGUGACAGGAAGAUUCAGAAGAAAGACACCGCAGCGCUUCUGUUUCCAGCCGAUACUACAUAAAAAAUAAUGUAAAAUAACGCAGUAACGCAUCAUGUAGUAACGGUAACUGAGUUACUGAAUAUAAAAAAAUAACGCGUUAGAUUACUAGUUACCGCCGAAACUAACGGUGUUACAGUAACGCGUAACGCGUUAGUCCCAACACUGGUUAUUAGUCUCUUUUUUGUAUUGUCUAUUUUUUGUUUGUUUUAUUUGUUUUCAUUUGACAUUUGGGUUGUUCAACCUGGUGGAAGUGCCUUAAUUUGUUUGUAUAUUCACUGUUGUUAAAAAGAAAAAAUCUUGCCUGUAACGCUUGUUUGCCCACUGUUAACUCAAUUCCAAGGCAACAUACCGCACGUGACGUGGGGUGAAAGCCAUCAGUUUAAAAACAAUACAUUUGUAUUAUCUCAGGGCAUUCAGUCGAUCGCAACUGGACUGUUUGGUUUGUCUUUCAAGACGUUUCGCCUGUCAUCCGAGUAGGCUUCAUUAGUUCCUGCUCAUGGACUUAGAUUGGUCAGAUCUAGUCUUAGACUUAGAUUGGUCAGAUCAAGUCUUAGACUUAGAUUGGUCAGAUCUAGUCUUAGACUUAGAUUGGUCAGAUCAAGUCUUAGACUUAGAUUGGUCAGAUCUAGUCUUAGACUUAGAUUGGUCAGAUCAAGUCUUAGACUUAGAUUGGUCAGAUCAAGUCUUAGACUUAGAUUGGUCAGAUCAAGUCUUAGACUUAGAUUGGUCAGAUCUAGUCUAGCGACUGGUGCCGAAACCCCAAAUAUUGAUAAACCAGGAGGGUGUGCCUCUGCAAGGAUGGUUUUGACCUUUUGUAGAGAAAAACAACUGCUUUGAUGCAAACUAGCAAUCUUAACUGUCAAAGCCAACGACAGUCAUUGAAGCAUAAUUUACCCUCGUUAGCAUUCAGGUAUUGUGUGGCAGAACGAUCUCUGUGGAUCGACUACUACCAGUCCAAAAUAGUCGGAAUCACCCAUGUUAGCUUUCCAUUCAGUUGUAAACAAAUGGCAUUCUGGUCAUCUUCUGUGACCAGAAUGUGUUAUUUAUUCGAGGCUAAAUUGCAGAGUAUUUUAGGAAUGGUUGAAAGGACAGUGUUGUAUGUGGAAGACAGAUGGUGUCGCAGACCACCUCCUCUGUUCAGGGAUGGUUUUUCAACCUUGACAUAGAUGGCUUUCCUCACUCCUCUUUUGUACCAUCCGUCCUCCCUGUGCAGAGUCUGUACAUUUUUGUUCUCAAAGAGUGCUGUUUCUCCCUGAGGUGCAGGUAGACCGCUGAGUCUUGGCCUGAAGAGUUUGCCCGUCUAUGCUGUGCCAUGUGUCGGCUUCGUGGUUGUUUAGUUUCCCCAAUAUAUGAAUCAGACUUAGACUUAGACUUCCUUUUUAUUGUCAUUCAAAUUUGAACUUUACAGUACAGAUAAGAACGAAAUUUCGUUACAUUAGCUCGUGGUAGCGCAGGAUAAAAAAGCAAUAAGGUGCAUAUAUAAAUAAAUAAAUAGGUUGCUGUACAGAUAAAUAUAUUGCACUUUUUCAUAUGCAUCCACGUUUAUGGAUGUAUGUUAUAUUGUCUUUAUUAUUCCAGCGAGUUAAUCCAUUUUGGGAAGAGUUGAGGGGAUAAUUAUGAUGCGUUCAAGAGACUUACAGCCUGAGGGAAGAAGCUGUUACAGAACCUGGAGGUUCUCCUGCUAAGGCUGCGUAACCUCUUUCUAGAGUCCAGCAGUGAAAACAGUCCUUGGUGGGGGUGGGAGGAGUCUUUGCAGAUUUUUUUGAGCCCUGGUCAGGCAGCGGCUUUUUGCGAUCUCCUGGAUAGGAGGAAGAGGAGUCCUGAUGAUCUUAUCCGCCGUCCUCACCACUCUCUGCAGAGACUUCCAGUCUGAGGCACUGCAGGCUCCAGUCCAGACAGAGAUGCUGUUGGUCAGUAGGCUCUCUGUAGUGCCUCUGUAGAAUGGGGGGAGGGAGCUGAGUCCACUACUUGCUGUACAUAUCUUACCAAGUCAGUCCUACAUUGUUCCAAUGUCCAUUUCUCUGAUGAUGCAAUUGUUGAUGACUGAAGUGUUGAUACCAACCACACCUAACCCCCCCCCCCCCCACCCCCUCCAUAUCCCACACCCCAGAUUGUAAAUAAUGUAAAUAAUUCAAUGUAUAUACUCUGAUGAUUAACUUGUG